AUGAAACGAUUCGGAUUAAUUGCAGUCUUGGUGGCCACUGUUUUUGCCCAGAAUGAUUCGUUUGAUUUGGUUGACGCAGAUAAUGAUGGAAAGUUGUCAGAGAAGGAAUUGAGCAUUUUUAUGAGGAAGAGAGGGCGUCCAGAUGGGAAAGAAUACUUCCAACGCUUUGAUCUGGAUCGUAAUGGCCACCUCGACAUCUCCGAAUUCGUUCCACUAGUCUACGAAAUGAGCCGCCGGCCAGUGGAUAUGGAUUAUCAGUUCUUCAAGAAAAUGGAUUUGAAUGAUGACGGAAUUGUGGAUAAAUUGGAAGUGGAGAAGAUUAGAAAAGAUAAUAACGAUAGAAUUAUUGAUGGUAUUUUGUCGAUUGCUGAUGUUAACCUAGACGGUCAAUUGACUUAUGAGGAGUUCAAGAGCCAUCUGUCCCAGGGAUCGAAGUUGAACGCUGCCGAUGAGCAGAGAAACCAUGCACUUCAAUUGUUGUCUUUCAUUGAUUCAAAUGGAGAUAACAGAUUGGAUCAGUUGGAGUUGUAUAACUUCUCUCAGAAAACUUCAACCAAUAAGGUCACUAAAUCCGAUGUCCAACAAAUUUUCGCUAUGCUCGACAAAAACCAAGACGGAUACUUGACAGAAAACGAGUUGGUCCACCUCGCUCAACAAUUCUCAACGAUUGGAAAUGUCCGCUCCACAAUUCCAAAGGUCUAG